AGAGCCGAAGAUGUCGGCUUGGUCAUGUGAUCAGCUGUGUCCAAUCACAGCUGAUCCCAUGGGACAUGUAUACUGAUCCUCAGGGCACUGAUGAUCAGUGUGCCCUGAUGAUCAGUGUGGCCCCAGAAGUGCCACCUGUCAGUGCUCAUCAGUGCCAGUGCCCAUCAGUGCCACGUGCCAGUGCCCAUCAGUGCCACAUCAAUGCCACAUAUCAGUGCAUACCAGUGCACAUCAAUGCCACAUAUCAGUGCCCAUCUGAGCUGCCUUUCAAUGUCACCCAUCAGUGCCAGUCAGUGCCACCUAUCAAUGCCAAUCAGUGCCACCUAUCAGUGCUGCCAAUCAGUGCCGCCUAUCAGUGCCAGCCAGUGUCGCCUAUCAGUGCCAGUCAGUGCCAGUCAGUGCUGCCUAUCGGUGCCAGUCGGUGAUGCCUAACAGUGCC